CAGAUGAGAUAAUUUCAGAAAUUAUAAAAUUUAAUUAAUAAGACGAAAAAUCUAUUUAUUUAAUUGUCGAAGUCCUCUACAAAGAAUCCAUUUAUAUAAGAAAGUUAUGUAUCGUUUAAAACCCAGUUUCUUUCCAUUAAACUGCUACUCUUGAGCUAAACCAAUCAUGCUGCCUCUGCAACUAAUCUCUAUCUUCCUACUUGUCUCACCACUAUUCUCCGCCGCUCCAAUUGCCAAGCUCGGAUGCCUGGAUCGCUGCGGGGAUUUACCCAUUCCAUAUCCAUUCGGAGUCGGGUCAAAUUGCUCCCUCGAUCCCUACUUUAACAUCGACUGCAAUACUUCCACUCGCCCUCCCAAAGCUUACCUCUCUAUUAUCAAUAAGCAAGUGAUUGAAAUCAAUCAAACUUAUAUUCGGCUCAUAAACCCUUACAUGAUUUCAGCUUGCUAUGGUUCGUCAGUAAAUGAUCAACAUAGUUUGAGUGUGAACUUGUCCGGAACUCCCUAUACGUUUUCGUAUGAAAAUGUGCUCACUGCCAUUGGCUGCGAUGAUAUGGUGCUGCGAUCCAACGGAAGUUCCGUCUUUGGAGGCUGCUCGGCGUUUUGUGCCGACAAGAAUGAUACAGGCGGCGUCGGGUAUUGCCCAUAUCAUGGUUGUUGCCAGGACAGCAUGUUUGAAGAUAAUUUGUUGGAGCUGGAAGCACAGUUAAUUGACUUGAGCGGAAAAUCACUACGCAAAAAGCUUUUCCCCUGCAGCUAUGCCUUUAUACAGGAGAGGAGGUUUCGGAAUCAAACCAUAUUUUCGUAUCCAUUGUACUACCUCCAUAACUCAACGGCAUUGCUAAAUGAUGAUUGGGCAUCAGCAUCUAGGCCACCAGUGGUGCGGCUAAACUGGUGGAUUAUUGGGGCUGGAAACUGUAGCCAAGCUCGGAAUUCUACAACUUACGCGUGUCGAGAUGAGAAGAGUGUUUGUGUUGAUGAUUAUUACUACGAUAAAGGAUACAUGUGUAGCUGCGUGCAAGGCUACGAGGGCAAUCCUUACCUAUCGGGAGGAUGCCAAGCAAUAUCAUUUUCCAGUUCAAUUGCCAAAUUUGGAUGCUUAGAUCAAUGUGGGAAAAUGUCGAUUCCAUAUCCAUUUGGAGUGGGGUCAAAUUGCUACUUGGAGCCAUCUUUUGAAGUUGUUUGCAACAGCACCACCAACCCUCCGCAACCCUACCUUCGUCUUCUAAGCACUGAAAUCGUUGAGCUGAAUUCAACAAAAAUUGUAGUUAACUAUCCGAACAUGGCUUCAACUUGCUACAAUGAAAAUGGAAUUACCAAGCCAGAGGAGCGAAGAUUGACACUUGACUUGUUGAGGACUCAAUAUAGAUUAUCAGAUGAGAACUGGAUCACUGCCAUUGGCUGCGAUGACAUGGUUGUGGGGGUUAUUGGAAAAGAAAAUAUAACUUCAAUUCGCACCAACUGUGCAACCAUUUGCUCCGACGACGAGUCUUGGAUUUAUAAUAAUGGGCGGGCACAAUGCGAAUAUGGAACAAAUUCUUUGGCAAGUGAAGGUUGUUGUCUGGUGCCAAUUCCAAUAGGCACGAGUUACCUUGAAGCAAAUUUAACCGAUCUAAGAGGACGAUGGCCACGUACAAAUUUUUCUUGCAGCUACGCCUUCGUUCGAUACUUGGAUGAAUAUGGAGAUGAUUUUGUUACUUAUAGUUCAUUUCCCUUGAUGAAUAACUCAAUGGGGAUGCCACGUGAUCUUCAGUUGUAUAGGUCGAGCAUGGCGUUGGAUUGGAGAAUUGGUGCAUUGAACUGCAAAGAAGCGCAACUGAAUCCAACUGAUUACGUGUGUCAGAAUAACACCGAUUGUGUUGAUUAUGAUGCUACGCUUGGAGGCUACCUUUGCAAUUGCUCCCAAGGUUACCAAGGCAAUGCUUAUCUCAGUCCAGGCUGCCAAGAUAUUGAUGAAUGCACGGAUAAUACAACUAAUACAUGCAUUUCAAAUUCAAUUUGCAUCAACACGCUUGGCUCUUAUCACUGCUCAUGUCCAAAAGGGUAUGUUGGUGAUGGGAGGAUAGAUGGCACACAUUGUAUUCAACUUCCGCCAUCCAAAUCAAAGAUGAUAAUCUUGAUAGGCAUGGGCUCUGGAUUGGGAUUUCUGCUGUUGCUCUUAAUGUUCUUUUGGUUGUGUAAGGUGUUGCAAAAGAGAAAGCAAAAAAUGAUUAAAGAGAAAUUCUUCAAACGAAAUGGUGGUCUUCUCUUGCAACAACAAACCAAUGAAGGCGUACUUGGAAAAACAAAAGUAUUCCCUGCAAAAGAGUUGGAGAUAGCCACUGAUCACUUUAAUGAAAAUCGAAUUCUUGGACGUGGAGGGCAAGGCACGGUCUAUAAAGGAAUGUUAUCCGAUGGUAAGAUUGUGGCUAUCAAGAAAUCAAAAUUGGUUGAAGAGAACAACCUAGAACAGUUCAUAAAUGAGGUGGUGAUACUGUCGCAGAUCAAUCAUAGGAAUGUGGUCAAAUUGUUGGGGUGUUGUUUGGAGACUGAGGUUCCUUUGCUUGUCUAUGAAUUCAUGCCAAAUGGGACCCUUUUUGACCUCAUUCAUGAUCCAAAUAAUGAAUUUCCAUUUCCAUGGAACACGCGUUUGAAAAUAGCAGCAGAUAUAGCAGGGGCACUAUCCUAUUUACACUCUGCAUCUUCCAUGCCUAUCUAUCAUAGAGACAUCAAGUCUAGUAAUAUUCUUCUAGAUGAAAAAUAUGUCAUCAAAGUGUCGGAUUUUGGAACUUCGAGGUCCAUUGCUGCAGAUCAAACUCACUUAACUACUCUGGUUAAAGGAACGUUUGGGUAUUUAGAUCCGGAGUAUUUCCAAUCAAGUCAAUUCACUGAAAAGAGUGAUGUUUAUAGCUUUGGAGUAGUUCUUGUGGAGCUUCUUACAGGGCAAAGGCCGAUAUCUUUUGAUAAAAUAGAAGAAGAAAGAGGGCUAGCAACACGAUUUAUGACAUGCAUGGAAGGAAACUGUCUGGACACAAUUUUAGAUCCUCAAGUUUGGGAGCAUGGAAGAAAGGAAGAGGUGAUUCUAGUUGCAAGGCUUGCACAAAGAUGUUUGAACUUGAAGGGGAGAUUGAGACCGACUAUGAAAGAAGUGGCUACCGAAUUGGAAAGUUAUAGGAUGUCUGAAAUGUCCAAUGAUGUAAAAGUUGAAUUUGAAGAUGGGAGAACUUUUGAAGACAUACCCACCAUGAUUUCAGACAUUGAAUACACAUGGACAGGUAGUUAUAAGGAUGCUUCUGCAUCGUCAUCAUUAGACACACAUCCUUUAAUGUUCUCAACUACUCUUUGAACAUUCGUCGUAGUAGAGAACAAUUUAUGCAAGCCGCGAGGAAGAUCAAGACUUGGUUCUAUGCAAGUUGUGAGAUCAAAUUUGAUUUGACUAAAUUUUUAUAUUUAUCUCCUUAUUCAUAUUUCUUCUAUAUGUGAUUUUAUUAUUGUUUGAUGAUUUUACAAAUUACACGUUGUAUUAUAUAUUUUUUUAAUGGUGCACAUUUCUAUUAAUUAUUUAUUAUUCAAAAUUGGAUAUAAUCACCAUAUCCACCAAUCA